AUGCUAUCCUAUAUAUCUGCUGCCUUCCAGUCCCCGUCGCCGGACGAAGGCGUACAGCAGCGAUCUCCACGGUAUGCCGGCGAAGAUACCACCCCAACGAGCCGGCGGGAGAUCCUAGGAUGGUACUCGUAUGGGAUAGCAGCUGAAGUGUUCGCGGUCUGUGGUGUAGGUUCUUUCCUACCCCUCACCUUGGAACAAUUAGCCCGGGAGCGCGGCACCCUACAAACGAGCCGCCUUCCCUGUGUCGGACCAUCCGCAGGGAACAGCACAAAUGUUACCGAAAAUGGCCAAUGUGUGGUCCCGGUCUUUGGUCUAGAGAUCAACACAGCCAGCUUCGCCAUGUACACCUUCUCGCUGGCAGUACUUAUCCAGGCGCUGACACUGAUAUCGUUCAGCGCGCUGGCCGAUUAUGAGAACAACCGCAAGACAUUGCUUAUGGUAUUCGGAUUCGCCGGUGCGCUCGCCAGCAUGUUGUUUGUAUUCAUUGCGCCGCCCGUCUUUAUUCUCGGAUCGAUAUUGGUCGUCGUCGGUGUGACCUGUCUCGGUUCGUCCUUCGUUGUGCUGAACUCUUACCUGCCUGUGCUCGUCGCCAAUGACCCAUCUCUGCAAGAUGGGAAGGCGGAUGAUGGCGCGGAAAUGUCGAACUUUGAUAGAGACGGAGGUAAUUCGGGAUGGAACGCUUGGGGUAACGAUGAUGCCGACGAUGAUAGCUUAGAUGGACUUCAGCCAUCGGGCCAGCCACAGAGUUCCCUAGAAGGUGGAAUGGGACCCAAGCCCCUGCCCUCGUCCUCACCGGAGCUGCAGCUAUCCACCAAAAUCUCCUCCAGGGGUAUCGGUCUUGGAUACUGUGCAGCGGUGUUUGUGCAAAUCAUCAGCAUCAUCAUGCUGAUCACAUUAUCCAAGACCUCACUUGCAAAAGUGUCUGCCACUCUUCCCAUGCGCUUCGUAUUACUCCUGGUCGGCAUCUGGUGGGGCGCAUUCACAUUGGUCACUCGUAAUUUGCUCAAAACACGACCAGGGCCUCGAUUGGAUACAGUCUCCACUAAAGGCGCGGGAAGAUGGCGAGCCUGGCUGCGACUGGUCGGUUUUGCCUGGAAAUCACUAUGGGAGACCGUCAAAGUAGUCAGCAAACUGCGCGAAGUCCUCAUCUUCCUCGUAGCAUGGUUCUUACUCUCCGAUGCAAUGGCCACUGUAUCCGGAACGGCCAUCCUAUUUGCGCGCACGGAACUCAAGCUGAGCACGCCACUGAUUGGACUUCUCUCCAUCACUGCCACGGUGUCUGGCAUGACGGGUGCCUUCCUAUGGCCACACGUGUCUCGGUAUUUCGGCCUGCAGCCGAAUCACACCAUAAUUUUGUGCAUUGCGCUGUUUGAGUUGAUCCCACUCUACGGGUUGCUCGCUUACAUCCCCUUCAUCAAAAACUGGGGUGUGUUCGGGUUACAACAGCCGUGGGAGAUUUUCCCACUAGCCGUCGUUCACGGGGUAGUAUCUGGCGGGCUAGCGUCAUACUGCCGAUCCUUCUUCGGACUCUUAAUUCCCCCCGGUAGUGAGGCUGCGUUUUACGCUCUUUAUGCUGCUACGGACAAGGGGAGUUCAUUUAUUGGACCAGCUAUUGUGGGCAUUCUUGUUGAUGCGACCGGUCAAAUCCGGAGUGGAUUUUUCUUCAUGGCGAUUCUCAUCCUUCUGCCUAUCCCCCUCGUGUGGCUUGUUAACGCUGACAAGGGCCGGCGUGAAGGUUUGGCUAUGGCUGAAACCCUGGGCAAGUCACAUGGUGGGCCCGCAGAGUAUGCUCAGGAGGCCGAAGGGCUUCUUGCUCGUGAGUAG